UGGCAGUUUCAAAAAAUGACAGGUGAAAACUAAAUAUUUCCUACAUGUUUCAUGGGGAAAACAUGUGCAACAUUAAACAUUAUUAUUUAUUUCGGAUUCCCCAAAGUUUGGUUCGUUGUUUUCAAUAUCUGUGUGUCUCUUCUUAACAGACAAAACAUUGUCCCCAGUAUUUUAUCCCAGGCUGCAUUCUCAACUGGCUCUGAUCAUCACUUUUCUGUGGCAAAAUGUCUUGCAGCUCAACGGCUGCAUGGGAAUUCACGACGAAGAAAGUAAAUUCGUCUGAAAACAUGGCUGAAUCCAACGACUCGUUCCAAAAAUGCCAUCUUACAAAAAUUCUACGCCGUAUUCAAAAAUCAACUAAUAAGACCAGACGAGGAGAAAGUAGAAAGGCUCCUCCCGGCCUUUGCCCUUUAGUGCCACCAAAAUUUGGUGGUGGUUUUCGAUAUCCAACCUUGCUGAAGCAACGGUUGCUUCCUAUGAUGAUCAAGGGUGAUGGUACUGUUGCAGCUCUAUCAAGUGACAAAUCUGAAGGAGAACAGCUAACAAUUUUCUAUAAUGGAGUUAUCAAUGUGUAUGAAAAUGUUUCUGUCGAUAAGGCAAAGGCUAUUAUGCUUCUGGCAGGUGAAAAUUCUGUGUCAGCUCCAGUUGUGGAAGAUGCAUCAAAAAUUUCACAGAAAUCACCAGUUUGCAAGUUACAACCAAAUCUUCCAAUUGCUACAAAGCGUUCUCUAGAGCUUUUUUUUAACAAACGACGAGACAGGUUAAUGAACAGAAUUGCUCUAGUUCCUACCUCCGAUGCACAACUCGAGGAUGAUUCUCAAACUCAAGAAAAGUUGUUAGCGUAGUAUGUGAAUUUAGGUAACACCGUUUGGUAUUUGUAGUUAUAAUCUGUAGCUAUAAUCUUACUUUAUAUUACAUUUUUAUAAUUGCAUUUAACAUAAAUAUAAUGUAUGAUUGUUAUAAACAAGAGAGAAAAAGAGGAGAGAUAAUUUGAGUUAAUACACUUGUCUAUUUU